AUGUACGAGUACUUGUGGUUGCUCAAUGAGAGAAUAAGGGAAAAUGACAAAAAAGAUAUAAUGUAUGGAGAUAUUGCAGUUGGAAGUUCCAAAAAUGCCAAGAAAUGUUUACUUGGUCCCAGAACAUGCUUGUGGCCUCGUUCAAGUGAUGGGAUUGUUUAUAUACCAUAUACAAUUGACCAAAGUUUCAGUUUCCAGCUCCCUUUCAUACUGGAAACUGACACCAGGUUUCUUGGCUUCGGAGCCAUGAUGUCACUGGUUCAAUGGCAGCUAAACAUGGCUAUCACAUAUGCCAGCCAAAAUCCAAAACUGAUGGAGAGGAAUAUGAAAAAUUACUCCAGAGCAGAAUAUAAUUUUGUAAAAAUGGAUACCAAUAAUUUGGGGACAACAUAUGAUUAUUCUUCAGUCAUGCAUUAUGGGAGAUAUGCUUUUUCUAAAGAUCGAAGAAGUGUUACCAUUGUCCCUAAACCUAAUCCAAACAUAUAUAUUGGACAACGUUAUGGGAUGUCUAAUCUUGAUGCUUUGAAGGUUAACAAGCUGUAUAAUUGUGAAAUAUGUGGAGGACUAUACAGACAUGAACCAGGAAAAUUCACCUCACCCAAUUUCCCAAAUUUAUAUCCGAACAAUGCUCAUUGCAGGUGGAUAUUUAAAACAUCUCAUGAUAAAAAACGUGUUUUCAUACAGUUUACAAAAUUUCAAGUAGAAGACUUUAUAAACUGCUAUAGUGACCGAGUAAUAAUUCACGAUGGUGAUGAUGCACUUGCUCCAGUCCUGGAAGGGCCGACUUGUGGUGGAGAGAAUCCAGCAGUGAUAUCAAGUAGAAAAUCGUUAUACGUUCAAUUUUACAGUGCCCAGUCAUGGCAAGCAUAUGGCUUCAGUGCAAAUUAUCAAUUUGGUAAUAUUGUCUUCAAAUUAUAA